UAUCAAUUAAAAAAAAAUUAUUAUUAUUUUCUUACACACUGGUCCAGCUCGUGCGCCCCAGGAGCAAUCAACAAUUCCUUCGUUGCCGUUUGGAAUCCAUUAGCCCAAAUGGAAGAUGAGAAACGUGAUCAUGAUGCCAAACUUAAGAAAAUGGAAACUGAAAUGGAACAAGUUUUUGAGAUGAAAGUCAAAGAAAAAAAACAGAAACUUAAAGAUUCAGAAAUCGCUUUACAACAAAAGAAUGAACAAAUGUUGAAGAGAUUAGAAUCUGAAGCUAGUGAAUUGGAUGAAAGGCGUCGUCAACUUGAAUUAGAAAUCAGAGACUGGGAAUCUAGCAGUGGUGUUAGUCUUGACGAACUGAGAAGGCGAUCAUUAGAAAGAGAAACUACUGAUGGAAAAGAGAAAAAAAUCAAGAAAAAAGGAUUAUUCUGAAACGAGUAGUGCCAUAAUAAUAUGUUUAAAAUCAUAUUAUUAUUUAUAACUAUUAUUUAUCUAAUUAUUAUUUGACCAAGUUGUAUGAAUCGGGUACAAUCUUGUUUGAACAGUUGUUAUGUAACUUAGACUGUCAAACUUGUUACCAAUAAUAUGUGUGUGUGUGUGUACCACAUUUAUCAUAACAAUACUCUUUUUAUUUUUUACUACGUUAGUUUUAAUGAUAUAGUCUUAUUAAUCUUAUCCAAUCAUUGAACUUUGUAAUAUGUAUAUAUAUACAUAAAUAUACACACAUUGUUUGAAUGAUGAAAUAAUUUGUAAGCAUUUACUAUAGGCAAAUUGUUUUUCAGUUCCAUAGUGUUUAGAGUUUAAAAAAAUGAAGCUCAAUUGUGUAAUCCAUAAAUAAAUUAAUAUUACUGCCUAAAAUUUAUCAAAACUGUAAUUUUUAAGCAAACGCCAACUGACUAUUUUAUUCAUUCCAGUAAUAACAUUAUUAAUUGAUAAUGACAACUCUGUAAAAUAAUGUUUUCUUUUUCCAAAAAAAUUGCCAAAUUUUUCUUACUAAGGUUUAUACAACAUUGACAUAACAUGUGUCAAAAGUAUUAUUAUUUUUUCAAUAGAAUUGAAUUUAAAUCACUGAAACCCAUUAUUUUUAACAAAUUAAAUUACAAUUUCAUUAAUAACUGUUACUCUUACUCACUACUAUGCAUUCCUUUAAUAGUUUAACUUCGAACAAAUCCAUUAUUAAAGCUGUUCAUGCAUUGCUCAAAGUUUUUAUGAUUUUUAUUUAAUAAAAAUCGAUCUUGUACCUAGUAUAUUAUUGUUUCAUUAUAUUUGUAUUAUUGCUUGAAAAYCAAUGAACAAUAGUAUUAAGUAAAGUGCCCUGACAUUAUGUCCAUCCAAUAGUAUUUACUUUACAAAUUAAUAAAAUGGUGUUUUAUAGUUUUAAUUUAUUUCUUAGUUGGGAAUAUUGUUAAGGAAGAACAUAAUAACAUUUUAUUUUUGUAUGAAUUUAACCUUUKAUUUAACAUAUAUAUCUAUAUAUAAUAUAUAUACAUAUAUAUUAAUCAUCUUACUAUUGUAUUGCAAUGAAUCUUGCCUUAAUUUUCUGGUAUCYGCAAUGUUUAUCUUUUAUACUAACUAUGUUUAAAUAUAUGUACACUCAUAAAUGUGUGUAUUUCUACAUUUACAACACCUAAUUUACCACUUUUAAACUUAAAAUACUGUGCGAUAUAUCUGGCACAGUUUUAAUUUAAUUGUUAAAUAACAACUUUGUGCUUUCCAUUAAGUUUAUUCCUCCACCGUGAGUAUCUACUCAACAUUGUUAAACUGUAAUGUAAAUUGUAAAUAUAUUUUUAAAUACCAUUAAGAAAAUAACUAGUAACUAUUAGAUACUUAACUACCUACAUAAACUAAAUACUUUUAGUAUUCUUAUUCAUUCU